AGUACUGCCAGGAGAAGCUACUCUGACAACCCCAGCUUUUAAGUUAAGCACACAUCAGGGUUUGAACGGCAUCAUUCGCUUCAAGAGGAGAAACAUGCCUUGCAACUCACAUCGGUUCAGGAGCGUUGCUACUUGGGGAGGAGCAUGACUGCAUCAUGACUGCCACUAGCAUUUCAUUUCCGUCACAACAGCAGGUUGUGCGCUUGCCACAUUCAGCUUUACCAGAUCAAGCAUUCCUCCCAUCUACUGCCCAGUUAUUAAAAACAUGGUGCUCCAGUCAUUAUUAAAGAACUGCCUUCAGUUAUCCUGCACCCUCAGGACUCCAAAAGCUGGCUUCAGAAGCACAACGAGUGGAGGCCUCAUUAUCCAGUCUACUUCUAAUGAUGUUUACCAAAAUCUAGCUGUGGAAGACUGGAUCCUUGACCACAUGAAUUUGGAGAACCGACAGGUCCUUUUCCUUUGGAGAAAUUCCCCUGCUGUGGUAAUAGGGAGACAUCAGAAUCCCUGGCAGGAAUGCAACCUCAGGCUAUUGAGGCAAAAAAAUAUAAAACUAGCCAGGAGAAGAAGUGGAGGAGGGACAGUUUACCAUGACUUAGGCAAUAUCAAUUUGACUUUCUUUACAACCAGAAAAAAGUAUGAACGAAUGGAAAACCUGAAACUAGUUGUGAAGGCACUGAAAGCCUUGCGUCCCCAGUUAGAUGUACAUGUCACUGACAGAUACGACAUCUUGCUAGAUAGGCAAUACAAAAUCUCAGGUACUGCUGCAAAGCUGGGAAGGACAACUGCUUAUCACCACUGUACCUUACUCUGUAACGCAGAUAAGUUUGUUUUAUCUUCCGUGCUAAAAAGUCCUUAUAAAGGGCUAAAAAGCAAUGCCACUCCUAGUGUGCCUGCCUCGGUGAAAAAUCUCUUUGAAGAGGAUCCUAGUUUAACUUGUGAGAUGCUCCUGGAUGCCAUUGCUGAAGAAUAUGCUACACAACACCAAAUAGAUCAUCAUAUCACCUUAAUAAAUCCAGCUGAUGAGACUGUGCUUCCUGGAAUUAAUAAUAAAACUAAAGAACUACAAACCUGGGAAUGGGUGUAUGGGAAGACACCGAAGUUCAGCGUUAGCACUUGUUUUAACAUGGUCUAUAAAGAUUCCUUUCUUGACGUUAAAGUAGAUAUGGAUAUAAAGCAUGGAAGAAUUGAAGUCUGUAACAUUGAUCUGCCAGAGCAGUGGCUGCCACCAGCACUGUGCAGUGAACUGGUGAAGAGCCUUACUGGCAGUAAGUUUUGCCCAAAUGAAACCACUACACUAGUGACGACGUUACUAAGAGUGUGUCCGCAAGAUAAUGAGUUGCACAGCAGGUGGAAUCUGCUAUGCGAGAAUAUGAUAAUGUUAAUGUGACUUGCAUUUUGAAAGUGUAAGUUAAACUUCUGCUGCUUUUUAAGUUAUUGAAAACAAUAUUAAAACAUUAA